AUGCAUCCACCUAUGCCCGAUCCAGCAGCGCAACCAUUUCAGCCGGCUCCACCUCCUACUGUUCCGAGGGCUGCUAAUGAUAACCUUUAUGACAGGUUCGCUCCACCUCCUACUGUUCCGAGGGCUGCUAAUGAUAACCUUUAUGACAGGUUCAUUCGUUACAAACCACCUAAGUUUACAGGCAUUGAAGACGCUCAUUCCUUUCUAGCCAGAAUCAGAGAGUUCUGCAUUGAGUUGGGUUGUGAUGACGAGAGAUCCAUCAUAUUUGCAGGCCACAGAAUGGAGGGUGUGGCUGAAAUGUGGUUCAGAGAUUAUGUCCUGCCUGUUGUUAAUGGGAUGAUCUGGCAACAAUUUUCUUCUCUCUUUAUUGACCGCUUCAUACCAGAAGGAACUAGAAGGGCAAAAAUGAGGGAAUUUGAGUCCUUGGUUCAAGGGAAUUUGUCUGUGGAUGAGUAUGCUACUAGAUUCAUAGAAUUGAGCAGGUAUGCUCCGGGGUCUGUACCUGAUGAGGGCACAAAGAGGGGGCAAGAUUUUAAUGCUGUGGUAGAUUUAGCCAGACAAAUGGAGGCCAAAUAUAUUUCUGAUGGACUUAUCUCAGCCAGAAGGGGUGAUAGAGCCGUAGCUCCACUUGAGACUCCAGGCGUACCAGGGAUGAGUGGAUCCUUCGUUAUGGGUGCUCAGUCUUCGAGUUCUCAACUCCAGGGAAGAGGAAAUUUUGGCAGAAGAAAAGGUAAAAGUAGACAGUGGCCAAGAAAGAGUACUCAUUCAGGUGGUUCCAGUAGUGGUCACAGUUCAGGUAGCAGCAGACCAAGUGUGACUGUCUGUCGCAGGUGUGGCAAGGCUCAUAAAGGAGAGUGCGACCUUGAUUCUAACUGUAACAUCCUAGUGAGUUGA